AUUUUAUUUACAUAGAAAUCAGGAAGUGUGCAGGUAGAGGGAUUUCGCCUUAACGAUAGAUUUGUGUAACAUUGCAGGUGGAUAAAGGACGAUGUAAUGGUUCAGACACUCGUUAAGAAAACAUGGGAUUCUGUUUUCUACGUUGUGUCCUUUUCAGCGUCCUGACGGCUUGGACGUUUGGAGACGAUGAACAGGUGAUCUUUGUAUCAGAGCUCUCGUCCAAACCAGCUCAGAAGUUGUCAAAAUUCAGUUGGUACGGCAACGUGAGGCUGCAGAGGUUUCAUAUACCAGAGGAAACUGCCAUCGCUCGCUGGCUGUUCUCUGUCACCAAGGGUCACAACUUCUACUGUGGACAGCACAACGUCACCAUUCAUAUUCGAUGGGGUGCCCCUCCAGUCAUAAACCCAACAGGAUCAAAGUUUCCUAAUGCAACGCUGUGGAGCCCCAGUCUUUCUCUGAUCCUACCAGUGACGUCACACAGCUCCACGACCUUCAACCUUUCCAGUCCUGCUCCUGGUGAUUGGUACAUUGCUGCCCACUUGCCUGAAGACGAUGGGCGCAUAGAGCAGAAGGGCUUUCCUUCCUGCUCAUACUUCUUCCAACCUCAGCUAUCAAUCAGGAGAGCAGUGGACACUCCCACUUUACAACAGGGCAUAUUCCUGCAGCAGACCGCAGCUCCUGACACACCUGCACGCCUUAAGUUGUAUGUUCCAGAGUUUGCCUCUUCCCUCUCCGUCUCUGUGGCUGAUUGCUCAUCAGGGGAGGGAGCAGACAGUGGAAACUGUUUGCUGGUCCUCAGGAUUGGCUCUGUCUCUCUGCAACAUGGCCCAGUAAGAAUGAACUGCUCAGGGAUUGGCUGCUCUGCAGCUCUUACCAACCCACCUUGGGACUCCUGGUUACAAGUUGUUGUGGAGAGCAGAGACAACCGCACUGUGAUCUUUAGUAUCUCCUCAAACUACACAGUGGGAUGUAAGCCAAAAAGUGUUGGCCUUACAGCAGAUGACGACAUCAACAAGCUUCGGGGCAACAGCAGCUAUACCAACUCAACAUCAGCAGGCAAUGUCUCAGCAGUUAUAGAUGCUGCUGCCUUUAGCAACAAAUCAGCAUCACUGUUAACACCUCCGCUGGCGUCAGCAUGCGUGUGGAGCGUCCCUGUGCUGUACGAGGAGAUGGAUGUUCUGUCGCUCCGAUUCACUCCUGUCAAUGGGCCCAAUGUCAACGUUACGCAUACACACCCCACUCUGCUCACCUACCCCCUGCACACACAAGCCACUGGUGGUACACUCAACCUGAAGCUCACACUCAACACUACUAAUGUAACCCUGGGGAACAGCAGCAAUGUGGUGGCCUGUCUCUCUCCCUGGGCUCCAGUCCUCGAGCUCAACCAGUCUCAGCCCUGCCACACAGGUUUGUUCGGAGGAUAUGGUGUUGUUGUGAAUGCCAGCGCACCUAAAGCUGUGCUCAGGCUGCCUUUCCCUCACUCAACGACAUGGUACCUCACCCUGCAGCUCACAUGUAACAGCAGUGACUGUGGGAAUACAUCAUUGGUGUCUGUGGUGCCAGAGGUGUUCAUCAGUGCCUGUGUAGAGGACUGUGGAACAUACGGAGAAUGUAGACUACUGAGAUCCUACAGCUACCUGUACGCUGCCUGCGUCUGCAAGGCUGGCUGGAGUGGUUGGGGCUGCACCGAUGAUUCGACAGCUCAGUCUUACCGUCGUCAGUUGACAGCAACUUUGUUGCUCACACUCAGUAACCUGUUCUUCCUGCCUGCUAUCGUGGUGGCCAUCAAGCGCUGCUACAUCACUGAGGCCUCCAUCUACCUCUUCACGAUGUUUUUCUCUACGUUCUACCAUGCAUGUGACCAGCCAGGUGUAGCUGUACUGUGCAUAAUGGACUACGAUACCUUACAAUACUGUGACUUCCUGGGGUCAAUCUGCUGCAUCUGGGUCACCAUCUUGUGCAUGGCUCGCAUCAGAGACACAUUCAAAUAUACUCUGUUUCUUCUUGGGGCUCUGCUGAUAGCCAUGUCAAUGCAGCUGGACCGCAAAGGUCUAUGGAACCUGCUCGGCCCCAUCCUCUGUGCCAUACUCAUCAUGGCCACUGCCUGGGUGUACCGAGGGGUGCGGCGACGACACUGUUACCCACCUUCUUGGAAACGCUGGGUUCUCUUCCUGAUCCCAGGGGCAAUCUGUGCCCUGAUCGGAGUAUGCUUGUUUAUUUUUGCCGAGACUGAGGACAACUACUACUACAUACACUCGUUGUGGCACAUCCUGGUGGCCAUCUGUGUGGUGUUCCUGCUGCCACCCAAGGAGAAGAACAGGGAGGCAUUGGGCUGGAGCAGGGGCUGGAACUGGAGCUGGAGACCCCGGGUCUGUGGAUACACGCUCUGUGAGAGCAGCAAGGACGAACUCUACACUGUCACAUAGACGGACCAGAGAUGCUGCAGGAAAGCAAAGUGACGAGGCAAUGAUUGUCCCACAGACAUUCACAUAGCGUACACAAGGAGAGGGUGUCUGCUGCUGUUUGCUGAAAAAUCCAACCCUUCAAAGGACCCUAACAAAAAGAAUUUAAUUUAAAAAUGAAAUGUAGAACUAUAAUCUGACAUUUAAAUGUGUACAUUUACAGAAAGUUUGAAACUGUUCUUAUAUUUGAAAAUAAAAGAUCUGUUAAAGUUAGCUAAAUUAGCUUAAACAGCUUACAGACAUCCUGAAAUACACACACACACACACACACUCUGUUUAACCCAAAUCAAACCUGCUGAAACCUCCAAGGUGGUCCACUGCACCAGCUCAGGUGUGAACAUCAGAACCUUCAGGUAGCACACCACCUGACACGUGACCUCAUGACCCGGAGUUUGUACAUGUUACGUGUGUACAUAUUUUAUUAGGUUAGGACAUUAAUGUUCGAAAUAUUUAUAAUGAACAGCACUUUGUGGAGCUCUUUUAAGUCUUUAUAUGCAGCCUAUGAUUGAGUGUGCUGAUAAAGCACACUAUAUUUAUAGCUGAUGUAAACACCAUCUCUCCCUCUUGUAUUUUCCCUUUGUGCCCUUUGUGCUUGAUUUUCAUCUGCCAGGUAGUUUAAAGAACCCUCCAAAUUGUUUGACAAAACAAUAACUUAAAGAUCUCUUAAAUUUAAAGUCCUCCUCCUAACGUUGUUCUGGAACUUUCAGUCGUCUAACAUGGUCUAAAUCAGCAGAGGAAAUUACCUUUUAAUCUUCAAAAUGUAUCACUGCAGAAGGCUAAACAAAAAUGAUGAAACAAAAACAUCUAAUAGAACUUAUUUAAGACCAGUAAACUGUUGUUUAAGUCAUCCCAUAACACUAACCUCAGCUGCUUCACUUUCUUCCAUGUUUCUGUGCAGCACAUUCUCAUCCAGCAGCCCGUGUGAACAGGUGGAUAGAUUAGUGUGUAAUAGUUUGGGACACAGUGUGCCUCCUCAUUAACAAAAUAUAUAUAUAUAUAUAUAUAUAUAUCUCCAUAUAAAAUUCUGAAUGUGCCAGGAUGUUAUGUUCAUGUACAGAUGUAUAUGCAGCUUGUAUUGAAAGUGGAUGACUCAGUGUCCUUUCUUUUCUGUUCUGUAAUGUUUUUUUCCCCCACCCUAAAACCUAACAAAGUAACAUUCGUUGUGAAGCACUUUCAUGAUUAAUAAGCUUAUUCCACUGUGUAAUGUACAUAGCUCAUAUGUGUAUGAACGGGCACUUUAUGAAUGUAUGUUCAGACUGCUGUGUCCAGUGCCUCCUCUUGUCUGUAUUUUUGUGUGAAUGGGAGUUUGAUAUGUAUUGUGUGAAUGUGUGUGAGAUUGUGUGUGUCCAUAUUUUGUUAAGAUAUAAUACACAGUUUUGUUUUGUCUACUUUUGUGUGAUGAUUUUCACAGUGUGAUUUUGCAUAUGUUUGCAUAUGCAAAUUGAACACAUCCGUCACACUGGCAAAGACUUCCUUUUAUUGUCAACAUUGGUUUUUUUACCCUCAUGUUUAAGACUGUGGAUCACUUUAUUUAAUUGCUAAGUUUGAGUUUAAAAUAGGAAUUCUGCUCCCACAAUAUACUGUAGCUCUCACUGCUUGUAAGAAUGAAGAAAUGUAAUGUUCUAUGUGAAUCAUUUUACUUCCUGGUACUGGACAGCUGCUUCAAUCAGUUAAAAAACCCAGACAGCAUUUAGUCCACCAAAAAUAAAUCUAUUGUAUAAAGA